AAUCACUUAAACAAACAGCGAAUCUGUUGAAGAUACCAGAUUUGGAUGAUCCAUAUUCACAUUGCGUACUUUGGUGUAAGCUUUGGUGAGACUCGGUGGACGAAAAGAAAAUGAAACUAAUAUGGUUCGUGCUUGUUGUUGGACUUGGUGCAUCGGUAGUUCAUAGCACUGAUAAUGAAAGUGAUCAUUAUUCUAACUCCACAAGAAUUAUCAACAGGCGAAAGCGUUACCUAAUUUUUCGAAACAUAUCCAGAGGAUUCGCUCGUGUUAACGUUAGGGAUCGAAUGGCUGAUUCAACCAACAUUUGGGCACAAGGCGCUGGAUUCCGUUGGAAUAUUGAGUAUAACAACCCGCCAGGACUCAAAAUCACCAAAAGAGACAUCCACAAAACUCUAGGAGAAAUGAUUCAAAUCCAUGAUUUUGACGGACGAGCUUGCAUUCUGCGGACCAUCUGCGAGUUGUCUCAUAACAUAACUCCCAACAGUGGAAUCAUUUUCAAGCUGUUCAAAAGGAUUUUCUCACCACCUCUAGCAACUGAUGAUACUUCCAACGGUUCCAGCAGCUUACCUCAGGGUGAUGAAAUCUACUUCCCUUACCUCACCUCAGAUGACUGCGCAGAGCUAGACCGGCACUGCCCAAUAUCCCAGCUAGAGAUACUAGACAGCGACAACGCCGUGUAAACUCUGGAAGCGAAAAUCAAGUGAUUCUUGUUUGCACUACUUGGCGUCGAGUUCCGGUUCUUCAGCGUACAGCAGUAUCAUUUAUCAAUUUACUCUAUUUGCUCCGGCAAAACCCUCUGACGAAGAUAUAAAAUAUCACUUCCCCACAUCGCUUGCCAGAUAGCACCAUUAGUUAACAGCAGCAGGCACGCCGAUGGGAUAGAAGAACAACUCAUUGCUGGGAGUGGUUCAACAGCUUGUCGAUAGCACCGAAACGGAAACAGGUGAAUGAUGAUCCGUCUCGAGCUUCGUUCCAUCGCAGGAUGGAGGCUUCCGAUUAGUAUCGAUAACGCUGUGUCUCAUCGUUUCAGUAGAUUUACCAUUAGUUGUAACAAUGAGAUGUGAUGAAGAAUAUAUUCUCACAAUUAUAGUUUUAAUUUUGUGGAUUUUUCGAACAGUUUUUGU